UGAUUGAAUUUUCAGAACAAUUAGAAACGGAUUUGAAAAAAUAUGGUAUAAAAAGUUUUGACUACACUCAAUAUAAAGAACAUGAAAUUGUUGGAAGAGGAGGAUGUGCAGUUGUAUAUUCUGCAGUUUUUGAUAAAGAAAAGCACGCAUUAAAAAGCUUAAAUAAUAAUCUAAGUUUUGAUGAAAAAGCAUUAAGAAAA